AAGAGUCAGGAUUCUGUGGUUGCUAUGGAUCGCAUAUAUAAAUCCAACCAUCUAAUCAUCGUCAUCAUUUCACUCCUGUACUCAGAGAGAUACUGGCACAGAGCGAACUGAACUUUUUGGAAAGUGACUUUGCAAGCGAGGAUCUACAACAACCACCAAGAAAAAGACUAAGAACCCGAGAGGACUGACCCCACCAACGCCUCACCAUGGGAAAGAAAAAGAACAAGAGGAAGAGGGAGGAGAAGGAGAGCGACCCUGGAUGCUUUCAGGAGCCUCUGUCAAAGACUUCCCGCAGCAGCGCUGCUCAGCAGGAGAGGAGCUCCAGCCCCCAGCCCUCCACCUCUGGUUCACAGUGGUUCCCUGUCGAGCCAGAGAGGAGCUCCAGCCCCCUGCCAUCCACCUCUGGUUCACAGGUGUUCCCUGUCGAGCCAGAGAGGAGCCUCAGCCCCCUGCCAUCCACCUCUGGUCUACAGCAGGAGCAGAACUUUGCUUGGCCAGAGAGGAGCCCCAGCCCCCAGCCCUCCACCUCUGGUUCACAGCAGGAGCUGAACGUUGUCCGGCCAGAGAGGAGCCCCAGCCCCCAGCCGUCCACCUCUGGCCAACAACGUAGAGAGCAGGAGGAUGCAGAGGAGGAGGAUGAGGAGGGAUGA